ACUUUGACCAUUCGGAUCCGUUUCUACCGCUCUCUCUCUCUCUCUCUCCCGGAUCUCUCUAGGCCCUAGGGUUGGUCUCUCUCUCUCUCUCUCUCCGAAAAAACAAGAAGGCAAGGGGGGGAAAAAGCACGCAGAAAAUGCAAAAACCAAGCCGUUUUGAUCCCCUCUCUGCAACUGCCGACUCUCAAGCCCUCACUCGGUAACGGCAUUGUCGCGUCAUCGCCUCUGUGUGCGCCACCGUACUCGCAAACCACCAGCGACGACGACAAUGGCGGAUUCGGUCGGAAUGAGCGCAUUGCCGGCGGCGAAUGGCGGGAGCUGUUCGUGGUGAUUCGACAAAGAAUUUCGGUUAAUAAGUUUUACGUAGAGUAUGUCUGAUUUGGUGGCCCGGACGGGUCGGCAUCAGCAGCGCUACGAGGCCGGUUGUCGCCUCGUCGCAGGGUGUAUUCCAUACAAGUAUAGGGAUUCUGGUGAAAGUAGUGACGAGAACUUGGAGAGGAUUGUUGAGGUGCUUAUGAUCAACACACCCAGUGGACCGGGUCUUUUAUUUCCCAAGGGAGGCUGGGAGAAUGAUGAAACUGUUGAGGAGGCAGCUGUACGAGAAGCUAUUGAAGAAGCUGGAGUUCGAGGGGACUUGAUGGAUUUUCUGGGAGAAUACGACUUCAGGAGUAAAACCCACCAAGAUGAGUUUAGCCCAGAAGGCUUAUGUAGAGCUUCAAUGUUUGCUUUGCUUGUAAAGGAGGAGCUUGAGUCAUGGCCAGAGCAGAGCACCCGAAGUAGAACAUGGCUCACCAUACCUGAAGCGGCAGAGAGCUGCCGGCAUGCAUGGAUGAGAGAAGCUCUGUUACAAGGGUUCUCCAAGUGGCAUGACCAGAAAAUGGAGAGUACAGGGGAAGAAUUCCCGGAUGAAGACUAAUUUGUGAAGUGCAAAAGCACUAUUUCGCGGGGGAUUUGUAGGCCUAGAGGCUAGCAUCUCUGCUGGAAACUGUUUUCAGGUCAAUCUUUUUCUUUUCCAUUAGUUCGUGAAGCGGAAGAAAUGGUAUUUAGCAAUGUUUGGCCUAGUUCCUUGCAUACUUAGUUUACCUGGCUCACUCUUAUACUUUACAAGUCGUUUUCUUUUGACUGACCUCUCUCCGACGUAUUUUAAUUGGGAGAGGAGAAACUUGCAGAAACUCCUUCUAGCCUCGUAUAGAACUGAUACAAUCAUUUGCUGUAAGACCAUUUUUAACCUUCAUUCUCAAUGAUCUGAUCGAUGAUUGCAUUUA